AGCGGCACCCGCCCGGCCAUCACCCGCGCGCCGCCGCUCCCCCACCCAUGCCGACCGGCCAGACGCGAGCGCCGCAGCCACCGCUGCCGCCGACGCCGGCGACGGAUCCCUCCUCCCCGGCUCCGGCGCACCGCCGCCACCGCACCUUCUCCUCGUCGUCGUCGUCCUCCUCCUCGUCGCUCUCCACGGUCUCCUCCGCGGCAUCCUCGCCGUCGCCGUCCCCGCGCGGCCGAGCCGCCACGUCCGUGCCCUUCUCCUGGGAGCACCACCCGGGCAUCCCCAAGACGCGCCUCCCCUCCGUCGCCGGCGCCACGGCGGCCGCCUCCUCCUCCCCCGCACCGGCCACGCCGCCGCUCCCGCUCCCCCCGCCCCUCCGCGCGCCGCCGUCCCGGCCCCGCCACAAGAACCACCAGCAGACCCGCCGCCGGCGCGCCGGCAGCAGCCAGCCUGCGGCCGGCGCGGACCCCUUCGCCGCGGCGCUCGCCGAGUGCACCAGGGAGCGCGCCGCGGCGGCGGGGCCCGACAACGAUCGCCGCCUCAUGGACAGCCUCUUCCCGUCCCCGUCCCCGGCGGCGUCGGCGUCGUGCGCGCCCGGCAGCCGGCGGUGGUCCAUCGCGUCCGCCGGCGGGGUGGUCGGGCUCCUCGACCUGUACGGGUGCAAGUGCGCCAUGGGCGUCGCGGAGGGCGCGUUCGUGGUGCGCCGGCCGGUGGCGGUGGUCCGCCCCGGGCCUGGGCGGGCGGGCCUGGGCCGGGCCGGGCGGCGAUGAGGACCAUGGUCCAUGGUGACGGGUCGCAUCAUGAUGGGCGGGCUCGCAGUUAGGUACAUAAAUAAUCGAUCCAUGUGCAAAAAAUGGUUGAGAUCGAAAAUGAGGUUGAACCUUUUUUUUAUUUUUUUUAUUUAUGUUUUCUGAGUGGAGCUUCUUAGUGGGUGUGAUUGGCACCAAUCUAUGAAUGUUUGGCAUAACCAUCCACUAAACGAUGUCGUGAUGUAGAAUUUUUAUAUUACCAUUGAUGGUACAUAUUUUAACCACAAGCAUAUAAUGGGGUAUAUCGCCAUCUA